AUGAAAAAACCUAUAUUUCUUUCUUUGAUUCUAGCCUUGUUUACAAAUCUAAACCAACCACAUUUUGCAGAAUCUUCAUCAGAUUACACUUCAUUGAUCUACAAAGGUUGUUCAAAAGAAACAUUCACAGAUCCGAAUGGAUUAUACUCCCAAGCACUUUCUACACUCUUGGGUUCACUAGUUUCACAAUCCACCAAAACAAAAUUCUACAAAACCACAUCCGGCAGUGGCCAAAACAGUAUAACAGGCUUGUUUCAAUGCAGAGGAGAUCUCACAAAUUCGGAUUGCUACAGCUGUGUAAACAAGCUUCCAAUCUUGUCCAACAAACUAUGUGGCAAAACCACAGCAGCAAGAGUUCAACUACUAGGUUGCUAUCUACUCUAUGAAGUUGUUGGUUAUGCUCAAAUAUCAGGUAUGCAGAUGCUGUACAAGACUUGUGGUGCAACUAAUGUUGCUGGAAGUGGGUUUGGAGAGAGGAGAGACACUGCUUUUUCUGUGAUGGAAAAUGGUGUGGCUAGUGGUCAUGGUUUUUAUACAACUAGCUAUAUGGCUUUUUAUGUUUUGGGACAAUGUGAAGGUGAUGUUGGUGACUCUGAUUGUGGACAGUGUGUGAAAAAUGCUGUUCAGAGAGCUCAAGUUGAAUGUGGUUCAUCAAUUUCAGGCCAAGUCUUUUUGCACAAGUGUUUUGUUAGUUUUAGCUAUUAUCCUAAUGGAGUUCCAUCUAGAUCAUCUCAAUCUUCAUACUCUUCAAUUUCUUCGGGGCAAAAUCCAGGGAAAACAGCUGCUAUAAUACUAGGAGGAAUUGCUGGAGUGGCUUUUCUAGUUAUAUUCUUGUUAUUUGCUAGGAGUUUGAGAAAGAAACACAGUGAUUAUUGA